AUGGCGUCUCCUGCAUUCCUACUCGUGUUCACUGAGCCAGGGUCGGACGUCUCCGAUGAAGAGUACAACGAUUGGUACAACAAUGAGCACAUACCCCUCAGGGUAGAUACACCCGCAUUCCUCAGUUGGACGCGCUGGAAAGCAGCAGAUGGAGAGAAACCGGCCUACGGGGCCUCGUAUGACCUCGAAUCAUACGCAGCGACCAAGCAGGCGCCCUACACCACGCUCGCGGAGACGAGGAGUGACAGGGAGAAGGAUAUCUUGCGGCGGAUGCAGCUGAUGGACAGGAGACAUUAUGAGCUGUACGAGGGACCAGCCCCGCCGCCGUCCGCGCUGUACGACCCCGCGACGCCCGCGCCCUACGUGGUCUUCGUCGGGGUGGAGACGAAACCAGAGCUCGAAGAUGAGUUCAACAAGUGGUACGAUGAAGAACACUUUCCCAUGCUGGCGAAGGUACCGGGAUGGAUCCGCAGCCGGCGAUUUGUGUUGGCGGACUGUAACCAGAUGGGGCAGGAUGCGCAGAAGAAGCAGCUGCCGAAGUACCUGGCGAUGUACGAGUGGGCGUCGCUGGACGUCUUCGAGACCGAGGAGUACAAGGCGGCGUUGAGGACUCCGUGGGCGGCGAAGAUCAUGGCGAAUGUCGUGUUGAAGGAGCGUCGGGUGAUGUCUUUCCUGAAGAAGUGGGAGCGGCCUAGUGGGAAGCUUUAG